AAAAACCACCACUAUUAAACACUGUAUACACUUCCGGAUGCCCGUUGAAAGUGCGUGGCGAACCUCAGCAAGGAGACUUAAAUGUAUUUUUUUUAAGUGCUGCGCGCUUUUGUUUUGUUUGAUAAGUUUAUGCAAAUAACUAGGACACAGGAACUCGGGGAGUUGGUAGAGUGACUCCCCCCGCCCAUGGGAUGCUAUACUGCCGCCCCACCACGCAUAACUCGGCGUUCAAAUAAAAACCGGAAGUAUCGAGAUGAAAUACAAGUCCUUCUCGGAUCUCGACAUUUGAUCCUCAAAACCAACUUUAAGAUCCUUCUUGUAAAUUUCAGAAUUGAACCUUUCAACCAUGAUGGAACAUAAUUAUCAGAAACCAUAAGGAAUGAACAGCCAAGAUCAACUGGAAAGAGAUACACACGCAGCCAAAAUCUUAACUGCAAAGAGCCAUGCAAUAUAUUCUAAGUUUGUUUUCAAAAGGAAACAAGGGAGGUUUAGCGUUCCUUCUGUCCCUCUGAAGACCCUGGUGCUGUUCAGCUGCAGGAAGUGCUGCUAAGAGUCAUUGAACACUUGCAAUCCGCAGUCUUGCCUGACAGAUGGAUGAACUGCUCGUGUACCUUUGAAACUGGCAACAUGGAUUUUCCAGAUUCCUCUUUGCUUGAAAAGGAGCCUAGGAAGAGUCUGACACUGGAAUGCAUCCUGCCCAGACACUCGGAUGCUUUUCUGGACCAUGAGGCCUUCUACGAAUGUGGUUCCAUCAACCCCUGGACAAGCUGUGUCUUCAUGUGCCGCCGGAGCCCUCGUCUUCUCUCGAAUGGCUACUACAUACUCACAGAGGACAGUUUUGUUUCGGAUGAAGAUGGCAACAUCACACUGAGCCCUUCACAGACAACUGUUACCUAUAAAGAGAAGUUAGUAAAAAUAUUCCAGAAAAGAAAGAGAAUCCACCGAUCCCUUGUUAGUCUGUUCAAUGUUAGUGCCUCUAAUCCAUGGCUGAACAGCACUGUUUGUAGUGAUACAGACGCCCCAGAUGAUAUCUGCGUUGGAGGAGAGAGUCAGAUGGAUACCAGUUGGUAUUAUGACAAGGAGUAUUUUGCUGUGAAAAGCAACUGUUGCCAAAUGAUCAUGCUGUCCAUGUUAUUGAUCAUUGCUCUGUUUGCAAGGUUCUUUCUGGGAGGACUGUUUACCACUCUGCUGAGCUGCUUGUUGCUGAUCACUUUAAUCUGUCUGCUGGCACUUCUGCACUCGUCACCUCUUGAUACCUUCUUUUGUCAACCUAUGCGAUCCAUACAGGAUUACCAUCCCUUCUUGUCAAAACCUUACUUGUUGCAGCAUUACUUCUGGGAUUGUUGCAUGGCCUUCUGUAGCUGCAAACUUCAUCAUCAUCAACAACAAUAAUAAAAAAUCCUGUGCCUUCAAGCAGUACUAGAAAAGACAGAUCAAUAUGGAAUGCUGUGAAAUCCACGUGGGUUCUUCUGAGAGCAUUUCAUCAAAAACUUUAAUUUCCAAGUUUAUGGGAUUGAUGGUCCAGACCGGACCAGGGCUUUGGUGGUGAUUUUGACUGAUGUCCCAGUGUGGAUUCUCCUCUAUGGGCCAAGAUGUGGAUCCCCAAAGGAGUGAGUGCCUAACAGUGGAUGGAUGCUGCUUGUGUUGUCUAGUUCCAGCCUAAUAUUCUGAGGAAAAUUACUCAGAGUAGUCUCAUUGAAAUUAAAAGUUAAGUUAUUCUUAACUUGUCCUCUGAGCCUUGUUGGAUCAGGCCCAAGGCCUAUCUAGUCCAGCAUCCUGUUUCACACAGUAGCCCACCAGAUGCCUCUGGGAAGCCCACAAGCAUGAAGGGAACAGCUCUAUCCUGCUGUUGCUACCCAUCAUCUGGUAUUCAGUGGCAUAGUGCUGUGGAACAUGGAGGUUCCAUCUAGCCAUCAUUACUAAUAGUUGCUGGUAGACCACUCCUCCAUGAAAUGUACCCUAGGACUUUCCUCUUCAUCUUUACAUUGCAGUGCAAGAAUAGGAACGCCGUACAAGCUUUUUUUUCAGGAAUUUUUUUUCCCCCAGGAAUGUUUGUGCAGUAUUCCUGAUAUCCUCCUUGAGGAAUCCUUCUGAGAUGCGCAGGAAACCUUAGAACAGAGUGUGAAAACCACCACCCUACUUCAUCAAAUGCAUGAGAGUGUUUGCACUUUACUGCUAACUUAUGAAUAUUAAUGGACAGGAAAAGUACAAUAAAAGCCAUGAGAAUGCAGUGCUUGAUGUAUUGCAUGCAAUUGGAUUAGGCAUCUAGGUUAGUUCAUAUCCCCCACUCAGCUAUAAAGGGUACUGGGCAGCUUUGGACAAGUCACUGUGUCUCAGAAUAAACCUACCUCACAGGCUUGUUGUGAGGGUCAAACACCACUUUGAGCUACUUGGAGUAAGGACACGAUACAAGUAAAUCAAAAUAAAUGAUACCAAGCAUACCACCCAGCUUUGCCAGAGUGAGUCCCUUGUCUGCAAAUUUCUUGGGGACUGGUGGCAAAAGGGUGUACAAUCAUUACCUUGCAUACCUGUGGAAUGAUAUAAGAGCACAAUAUUGAAUUUAACUGGCACUUAACAUAAAUGAACCUGACUGCAAAAGCUUGGCAUCUAUGUCUAUUUGCAAGACCUGUUACAAUAAAGGUAUUGAUUUAUAA